AUGUCAGCUCACUGGCUGAGUAAGAGUCCACGAAUUCCGUGUUCGUCGUUAUUUCCUUCCAACACGGAAGGAGACGCCUAUAACGCGUUCAAGGUGCAGGCCGCUCUGGACUGGGAGACGUUUCUUCUUCAGAGGGCGAAAGAACUAAAAUCAGGUGGAUAUUUAGUGGUCACUAGUUUGUUGUGCACACCAGAUGACCAGGUAACAUUCCCACUGGAGGAUUUUCAUGCCCAUGUCUCGAGUGUCUGGAGAAGCUUGUUUGAUGAUGGCGCCAUUAGUAAGGUGGAAUUUGAACGUACAGAAAUUCCAAUUCACUACCGAUCGCGGGAAGAGUUAGAGAAACCAUUCAAGGAUCCAGAAUCGUCCGUGUUGAAGAGCGGUCUGGUCCUGGUAUCCUUAGAGACGAAUGUUGUCCAAUGUCCAUUCAGAGAACAGUGCAAAAAACUUGCUGAAGGUCAUAAAAAUGGACAGCGAGUCACAGGAUAUCACUGCCCUCUGGGCACGCCCAGAAGAAACUAUAAGGCCAAGAGUAUAGAUCUGACCAAGAGCAUAGCUCUGACCAAGAGUAUAGCUCUGACUUCGGCUGAGAAGAUUGAAAAGAAGAGGAUGCAAGGCGAAGAGAAGUGA